CCGCGCUCCGUAGUAACACGUGUUGUCGCCGCUACACGACGUGUCGUGUGUUUCUGUGAAGUGUCUGUGGAACACCUCAAUCGUUACAACACGCUUUGGAUUACUCACCCAUUCGGAUUAUCAUGUAAAAUAUUUAUAUAACAGGAGGAGAGGAGAGAAUGUGAGAGGAGUGAGUGAGUGAUGGGUGCAAGAUGUAGUCCAGCAGUGUGGCUGGUCACUCUACUCAUAGUCUCCUUACUCGUCCCCGCUCUGCAGGAGAGUUUCCGCUUCACCAGACCUCACUACAAUGUCACCAUCCCGGAGAACUCCGUCGGUAAGACGUACGUCACCCCCGAGGAGAAGAUGGGCGUGUUCCGUCUCGACGAGGACGUGGAAGUGCGGUUUAAGAUCGUAUCCGGAGACAGGGACAAGUUUUUCAAAGCCGAAGAAAGAUUAGUGGGUGAUUUUUGGUUUUUGCUGAUACGGACUAAAACCGGUAACGUAGAUGUACUCAAUCGCGAAAGGAAGGACCGGUAUUUCCUAGAUGUCAGAGCGACCGCCACCAAGAGAGACGGGAAGAAGAUGACGUACUUAGAAGCGAAUGCGACUUUAUCAGUUUGCGUCCUAGAUACAAAUGAUUUGAACCCACUUUUUUACCCUACUGAAUACGUGGAGACGGUCGCGGAAGACUUGCCGUUACAUUCCAGCGUCAUCAGAGUCGCCGCGGAAGACGCAGAUCUCGGCAGAAACGGUGAGAUAUACUACAGCUUCCAGGAGAACACGGAACAGUUCGCCGUCCACCCCACGACCGGUGUGAUCUCCCUCACCAGACCUCUGCGAUACUCCGAGAGAGAAAUCCACGAACUGACAGUUCUCGCUCAAGACAGGGGCACGGUGCUCAAGGGAGGCGGAAAACCCAGUACAGCUAAACUUAAAAUCUUCGUCAAACAAGUAAACCUACAUUCUCCAGAAUUGUACGUCCACCAUUUACCUGAUAUUGUAGAAAAUUCUAAUGCCGAUAUUUAUGCUAUAGUCAAGGUUAUGGAUAGGGACGACGGAGUGCACGGUGAGAUAAAAAGUUUAGAAAUAGUCGAUGGUGAUCCGGACGGACAUUUUAGAAUCCGCAAAGCAAAAGGUAACGGAGGACUGAAAGGGAGUGAAUACAAUGUUGAAGUGUUGAAGCUGCUCGAUAGAGAGACUGCUCCUCAAGGCUACAAUUUAACACUACGCGCUGUCGAUAGAGGUAUACCUCCCAGGCAGACCUACAUGUCGAUACCGGUUCACCUGGCCGACUUGAAUGACAACGCUCCCGUGUUCGACAGGAUGAUAUAUGAAGUCGACGUUCCUGAAACUGCCCCUGUCAAUUCUCCGAUAAUACGACUGAAGGUGUCCGACGCCGAUCAAGGUCGGAAUGCUCAAGUAUUUUUGGAGAUCGUGGGUGGUAAUGAGGGUGGCGAGUUUCACAUAAAUGCCGAUACGGGAAUGCUGUACACCGCAGUGUGUUUGGACGCCGAAAGCAAAGCUUUCUACACUCUGACGGUAUCCGCCAUCGACCAAGGGAAUGCAGGAACGAGAAAGCAGUCUUCGGCGAAAGUAAAAAUCCAAGUCAUCGACACCAACGACAACGACCCGUUGUUCGACUCUGCAGAACUGCAAGUGUGGGUCGAUGAGAAUCAGGCUGCAGGAACAUCCGUUACUAAAGUAACGGCUAGGGACAAGGAUUCCGGUGAGAACGCGUACAUAUCCUAUAGCAUAGCGAAUCUAAAUCCAGUGCCUUUUGAGAUUGAUCAUUUUUCGGGGAUCAUCAAAACUACACAAGUGUUGGACUACGAGUCUAUGCGCAGACGCUACGUGUUACACAUAAGAGCUUCCGAUUGGGGCGCACCGUAUCGACGGCAGACGGAGAUGAAAUUAACUAUAAAACUGCGAGAUGUAAAUGACAACCGACCACAGUUUGAAAAAAUCGAGUGUGUGGGUCAUCUGCCUAGAUACACUCCGAUCGGAACCGAAAUACUGACUCUAUCUGCGCUGGACUUCGACGCAGGUAACAUCAUCAGCUACAGGACCGUGUCGGGGAAUGAAGACGGGUGUUUUAAUCUAGAUUCUGCUACCGGCAUCUUAUCGGUGACUUGCGAUCUGAGUGACUUGAUGGUGUCCGAGAGAGAGGUAAAUGUCACUGCUACAGAUGGAACACAUUUUGCUGACGUCAACAAAGUUAAACUGAAGCUCAUCGCGGCGAAGAAGGAUUCCGAUAUGUUCUCUUCCUCGAACUCGGUUUCAUUUGAGUGCAAGGACACUGGGGUAGCGAGGCGGUUAACAGAAGCGAUGGACUCGGUGAAGAAGAGCAACGUCGCCCACAACGACUCCGAAGUGUUCGCGAUGAUGCCCAGCAGGUACGGUGACAACGUCCAUACACCAGAAUUUAUAAACUUUCCACACGAGAUACAAGUCAACGAGUCCGCUCCUAUAAGAAGUACUUUGGUGAAGAUCCGAGCCAGAGAUCGUGAUCUCGGUUAUAAUGGAAAUCUAAUUUUUGGAAUCACCUCCGGAGACAAUGACUCCGUGUUCCGCAUAGAACCUGAAACGGGGGAAUUGAAAGUUAUCGGAUAUUUGGAUAGGGAAAGGGAAACAGAAUACUACCUAAAUAUUACAGUGUACGACCAAGGACGGCCUCAGAAGACACAAUCCCGCCUGCUUCCUGUUAUGAUACUCGAUGUCAACGAUAAUGCUCCAAAAUUUGAGAGGCCAUUAGCGAGUUUUAGGGUCACCGAGAACGCACUGAACGGAACAGCCAUAUUCAGACUGAACGCUACCGACCCUGACGUGGGCGAGAACGCGAACGUCGCGUACUCCUUAGUAACCGAUACGCCACACUUCAGAGUGGACCCUGUUACGGGCGUGCUGUACGUCACUGCACCGCUGGAUCGAGAGAAGGAGGAGGUGUACGAGUUGAAGAUUCGUGCGUCAGAUCGUGCUUCCGACCCGAAGGACAUCGAAGCUCUCCACUCCGAGGCGAUCGUGAGAGUGUUCAUAGACGAUGUCAACGAUAACGCACCGUCCUUCUCGCUGCAGAGCUACUCGGUGAAGGUGAGGGAAGAUACUCCGAUCGGUAGUGUCGUGGCCAUCCUCGAUGCGACGGACCCGGACCUCGGGCAAGGCGGGGAUAUCCGAUACUCCAUCCUCGGAGAGAGUGAGGUCGAUUCACCCUUCACCGUGGACAGGCUGACCGGAACCGUGCGGACUGUCAAGCUGCUGGAUUACGAGGAGCGGCAGGUGCACUCGCUGACCGUGAGGGCUCGAGAUCGUGGAACUCCGUCACUGCUAACGGAGGUCACUCUGGUCGUGGAGGUCGUGGACGUCAACGAGAAUCUGCACGCCCCGGAGUUCGAGGACUUUGUGGUCGCUUCUGCAGUUCUGGAGAACCAACCUGUCGGCACUCUAGUAGCGACCGUCAAGGCGACUGACGCUGAUCCUCCCGGAGACGACUCCAGAGUGGGAUACUCCAUCCGCGCAGGGGACGGCUUGGGAUACUUUUCCAUCGAUGAUCAAGGUACACACGUUUUUCUCCUCUGGUAAGAACCACUAAUCUAAUUAUUGUAGUGGAUUAUAGUUAUUAUAUAUGAAGCUCACACAUUACUAUAAAUGAUUUGCUUCUGGACUUGCGGCUACUUGUAUUACAGUCAUGUAAAAAUGUGAGAUUAUUGUACUCGCUUCGGUUACAAAUUUCUUUACUAUAAUACUCUCUUGUUACAAUCACGGUUACCCCUAAGACCAAUAUAAAAAAGCUCACAUGGCGCUCAGCCAAAUUCAAUGUAGUCAGAUGUACAUAACCGAUCUCGAUGUUGCCUAGGUAGAAAAAUGAUUUAGCUCUGUAGAAAAUGUUCAGUGUAUAUGUCUGUUCUUUCUUUGAGAUAUUGUACAAUCCCCUCGAGUAAUAUGCUUCGCUAACGCUCAGUCACUUAAUUACAAUUUUGAAAAAUGAAAGGUCGAAGUAAGUAAGUAAGUAGCUGCGCGGGCAUAUUCGUGUGAUGUAUCGAAGGAGUGAAGUAGCCCUUCAUGUGUUGAGAGGAACAAAGAGUUUGAAUCCCUUUAAAGCCAAAUUACACAUUCCCCAGCAAAUGUGUACAGAUGUACCUCUUCUGCCGAAUAGCUCAAUAAAUCAGGGGAUCUUUUGAUGUAAGGCACACGAUUCUGCGUUUGUGCCGCAGUCCGCCCCUUUGAUAGCGACGUCGAUCAAUUUACAAUCUCAGGUCACUCAGAAUGUAUGAUUACUAUUGCUGUAGUAAAACAGUAAAAGCGACAUAUACAGGAACAAAAUAAGCGAAAGAAUUAUAAUAUUCAAAUUCUUUGUUUAUCUUCUCGAUGUUAUGUUUAUGGAAAUCGAGUUGAACUGUCAAAUUAACGUUUAUAUUUUAGUAUAUGAUAUAUUGCGUGCAAAAGUGCAUUUCGUGUUUACACGAAACUUUUGGAAAAAUUUGUUUUAAAGGAUUUUCCAACCUAGACACGAGUAAAACUGUUAUGGUCAAAGUUUAACGCAGUGUUUCAUAUCUGCUAGAGUUUUACUAUCCUUUACAUGUAGUACGCAUUACAUGCACUGCUUAUGGCAUCUAGAGCCGAGUAAAACUGUUAUCGACAAAGUUUAACGCAGUGUUUCAUAUCUGCUAGAGUUUUACUAUCCUUUACAUGUAGUACGCAUUACAUGCACUGCUUAUGG